AUGACAAAAGCACUUUCCGCCUUCGUCCUUGCAGCGUCCGUUCUCGCAGCGCGCGCAAUCCCAACAGCCGCGCCGACCAGUCCCUGCGCGGAUGUACACAUCAUCGCGGCGCGCGCGUCGACUGAGGCUCCUGGGCCCGGGAUCAUUGGCGCGUUGGUCACGCAAGUCCAGAAUGCGAGCAAGCAGACUAUAUCCACGGACUCGGUAGUAUACCCGGCGACGCUCACUAACUACGCGAGCAGCUCUGCGCAGGGCACGCAGGCGACUAUCAGCAUGCUCACGGCGCAGGCGAAUGCUUGUCCCAGCCAGAAGAUUGUCCUCGUUGGUUACUCUCAGGGUGCACACAUUAUAGGAGACGCUGUUGCAGGAGGAGGAGGAGUUGCUGGUUUGGGGCCUGCUACACCCCCAGUGGCCGCCAGCAUCUCCGACAGAGUCGUCGCCAUGAUCCAAAUGGGAGACCCACGACACGUCCCCGGCCAGUCCUUCGACCGCGGCACCUCCCUGCGCGAUGGGCUCUUCCCGCGCCUGCCGAGUCAGCAGUACAGCGCAACGCUCCAGCCGCGUAUACUCUCAUUCUGCGACUUUAACGACCCGUUCUGCGACUCGGGUGCGGAUCUGGAGGUCCAUUUGACCUACCUCGACCGCGAUCAAAAUACAGCUGCUCAGUUCAUCCUUUCUCAAAUCGGAGGGUGA